UUAUGUAAAUUAGGGUGUUUCCUGAGCAGACGCAGCCAUUGAAGCAUUGGCAAGAUGGCGAAGACUUACGAUUACUUAUUCAAGCUGCUACUUAUAGGAGAUUCAGGAGUAGGCAAAACUUGCGUAUUGUUUCGAUUCUCUGAAGACGCCUUUAAUACCACGUUUAUUUCAACUAUAGGUAUAGAUUUCAAGAUUCGAACAAUAGAACUAGAUGGAAAGAAAAUCAAGCUACAAAUCUGGGAUACAGCUGGUCAAGAGCGAUUUAGGACCAUCACGACUGCAUAUUACAGAGGUGCCAUGGGAAUUAUGUUAGUCUAUGAUAUCACAAAUGAAAAAUCAUUUGAAAACAUAAGAAAUUGGAUUCGGAAUAUUGAAGAGCACGCUUCUAAAGACGUUGAGAAAAUGAUUUUAGGUAACAAAUGUGAUAUGACUGAUCGACGACAAGUAUCUAAGGAAAGAGGAGAACAGCUUGCAAUUGAACAUGGCAUAAAAUUCAUGGAAACCAGUGCUAAAGCCAGUAUCAAUGUAGAGGAUGCCUUCUUUACUUUGGCUAGAGAUAUUAAAGCAAAAAUGGACCGUAAAAUGGAGGCUUCUAGUCCACAAAACCGAGGGGGUAGUUACCAAUUAACACGAAAGGAUCAAACACCGAAGAAAUCAUUCUGGAGGUGUAAACUGCUUUGAUUUCCUCUUCCCCCAUUCUUUUUUACCCAAUUCCCUUUCGCCACAGCCGCCUUUUUUUUUUAAUCAUACAGAAAACAACCAGCCGCAGCAACUUUGAUUCCAUCUUCAAUUCCACCAUCACUAAUAAAUACCAAUAUUAUGGCAAUCAGGCACCAUGCCAGUGUAAUAGCAACAUUUUCUUUAUUAAAUUUUUGUUACUAUUAUCAUAAGAAACCUUUAAUAAUUGCUGUGUGUAUAUAUAUAUAUAUAUGUACUAUAAUGGAAGUUAUAGAUAUAUUUUUUCUGUGGUUAAAAAAAAUUACUAUGUACUCAAAAUAUUUCUCCGUGUGGUCUUCAUUUCUCAACAUUAACACAAUGUUUCUAAUUCAUAAAGUUACAUUCUAAUUAGGUUUGUUUUGUUGGAAGAGCUGGUUUCAUGAUGUGGCAAUUAAGCAAGAUUAACAGAUUCUCUAGCUAUUACUUGUGGCAGUUAGCAGAAAUUCCUUAUAUCAUGCAUUGGUUUCAGAUUAAUAUAGAGGGAUUCAAGAAUCACUAUUCUUAACUUAAUUCUCUUGUAUGUUCCCAAAACACAGUUUUUGAAUGAAUACACAUAAUUUGAAUAAAUAUUCAGGCAGAAAAACCAUUUAAAAGCAAUGAUAUUUUGAUUCAGCAUUUCUUCUGCUCAAGUAAAUUUAAUCCUGUUGCCAAAAUUAAAUGUUAUUCUAAAUGAUUGUGACAUGUAAAUAAACAUAUUUUUUGAAUAAAAUGUCAUAAAUGAAAUUUAUAAACCCUGGAAUACUUUGAGUCUCAAAAGGAUUUAAUGUUGAAAUAAAAUUCAAAAUAAAUUAUGUCUUCAGUGAUAACCAUGACUUGGACAGUAUUGCUAAUCUGCUAGAAGCAACAGCAUUGGUGUUUUUUUUAUUAGUGGUUUAAAAUGUUUAUUUUAUAACAUUUCUUUCUUCAGCCAUGGAAAUGAAAUUCUUGAAAAUUGCCUGUGAUGAGGAAUUUCAACUUUCCUUAUUUUUGUACUUAUAUUCAUUGUUGCUCAUUCCUUGGAUAACUUCUAUAUCAAAUUUUUCUUUUUUACUUAUAACGACCACAUUUAAUAUUCCAAAAACGAAAUAGAUGUUAUAUAUAUAUAUAUAUAUAUAUAUAUAUAUAUAAACUAUUUUGCUUCAACAUUGUGUUAUAGACCCUGAAUUUUAGCCCAUUUCUAAUGGCUGCUAGUUUCUGCUCUAGUUAAUUGACAAGUCAUAAUUUUGUCCCUGAUUUCAUUAGGUUUUGGCAGGGCAUUAAAUUUGUUGGAUUUUGAAAUUUCCUUUUUCAAAGUUAAAAUAAAAUAAAACACAGCAUUUAUAUAUUCUUUAGCUAUGCAAUUUUGCAUGUUUUGUUGGCUAUCAAGUUGGCUAUUAGCUACUGCUGAUUCUCUGGUAUUUAGUUGCUGUGUACAUUUUUAUAAUUCACUCUUGCAACAAACCAGCAAUCAAUUCCAUCCACUAUUUCAUUUCAUUGACAUUUUGGUAAAAAUGUAAAUGUGUGGAUUUUCUCUUGUAUAAAUAAGUGAGCGAAUAUUUUUAAUGAUAGCAUGGACAUGGUAAAUGAGAGGGACUAAAUUACUUCUUUAUUUAGUCAAAGCAGAUAGUCAACUUAAAGCUUAAGUUGCAGAAUAUUAUGUAGAUCAUAGUAUAUUUGUUAAAAUUAUCACUCUGGUUAAUUUAGAAAUUUAUAUCUUCUGUUACUGUCUCAUAUGGUAAUGUAUUCUUGCCAAAGGCUUGCAUUGAAUGUGAAUGAUUAGAUUCUCCCUAUUACUGCAAUCAUUUAAAGUUCAUUAAUUGCAAUGCUAAAUCAAAGUAAUAACUUUUCUUGUACAAAUAUUUCUUGGUUCAUUUUAGAAGCUUGAAGCUAAUCAUUUUUAGAAAUUGCAUCUAUUUUCUAGGUCUUCCUUCAUUAGUUUGAAAUAUUUGAAAACAAACUUUUUCCAAUCCUAUGUUGUCAAGAUUUUUUUUUAAUGCCAUUGACACAUUUUUAUUUUGUCUUUGGAAUUUUUUAAACUUUUUUUCAGUUCCUUUAUAAAAUGUAAACUGGCAAAUAUUUAAACAAUUUGAUAUUCAUUAUCAAUAGUACUGUUAAUAUUUAUUUAUCUAUUACAUUUCUAUUAUGUUUGUAUACAACAUUUCUGUUACACACUCCAGUGUCCAAAGUUUUAACUUUUGUAGUACUCUAAGCAUUAAUUACAGUUAGGUUUUACAAUAAAAGAAUUGAAACCUGUUUUGUGUAUAUAAAUACACUUUUUAGCAAGGCUUCUCCAAUUUCAAAAUGUUGUUACAUCACUUAGUGGUAGUUUCUGCUUCAGUUACACAUGCUGUAAUAUUCAGUGUAAUAUAAAAACUUAUUUGAUCAUUAACUACAAAAUUAUCCUCAAAUGUUAUUUACAGUAAAGGCAUUUUCUGCUUAAAAAACUUUUGUAUUUUUUUAAAUAUGCAUAUAUACUGCAUUGUAUAACCAGUUGCAUUGGCAAGAGACCUUAUGUAUAAUAUAAUAUAUGUAUAUUUACACAUAACAAUAAAAAAAAGUUCAUUAAUUCAAUGAUUGUUAAAAUUUUAUGGAUAAAAACAGUAAAAAUUAAGACUUUGUGAACAGCAUUCAUUGUAAUCAUACACAGGGAAAAAAGUAGAAAAAACUGAAUCAAAUGGUGGGAAAAAUAGUGCCUUGUAUAAAGUGAGGAUCAAAAACGUACCUUCUAUACUAAGUGCACUAUUGUAUCCUGAAAUUAUAUCCAAAAUUUUAAUACUUUAAUUUUGCUGAGGUUGACUUAGCCUUUUCUUCUUGGAAAAGGCAAUUGUAGUUAAAAAAAAUAAAUUUCAUAGGUGUUUAUUGGCGAAAAAAUUCUAAGGAUGGUUACUAAUCUACCUUAUGGUUGUUAUUCUUUGAGAAAUUGGUCUACUCAGUUGAAAUGGAAAUAUAUUCCAGACAGAGCAAGGCAAUACAUUUUUCUUGUUUAUUUAUAAAUAAACAUUUCUUUUUAUUUAUUUGACUAAAUUAUUGUAUUAAUUUUGCUCUACCUAGCUACUUCACUGCUUCUUAAUUUUUUUUUUUCAAUUGCUUUUAUAUUUAGUUGUUACAUAUUCACUCUAUAUCAUGUUCUAAUAAAAAUAUAAUUUAGAUGCUUGCCACUUUUAACUGAAACAACUUUUGUCAGCCUCUUGAUCUAUUGAAACAUUUCUUUUUAACUAAGACUUUGAGAUUUAUAGAUAUUAAUAUUUAUAAUAAAUGAAUAUAAAUAAAACUACGUUUUUUAAAAUUCAUUUAUUUAAUGUAAAGAUGCUGGUAUUUUUUAAUAAUUAGAACUCCAGAAUUCUGUAUUAAGCAUCAUUGAAUUAAGCACCCAAUUCUAAUUAGCUAUCGCUUAAUUUUAUUUAUUAUUAUUAUUAUUAUUAUUAUUAUUAUUAUUAUUAUUUGUAAUAGUUUCCUUUAUAUAUUAUUAACACAGCUGAUAUUCAACAGUUUCUCAGCAUUCAAUAUAAUGUUCUCCAUUCUAAUUUUGUUUGAGACAUUUUAAGAUUUUCUUCCUUCAUAGUGAUCAUAUGUUAAAUUUAUUUUGUUUCAAUCAGUAUGGUAAUGUUUAAAAAAAGUUUUAUAAUCUAAUCACACACACACACACAUAUAUAUUUUUAUAUAUAUGGCUAUAUGUUUAUAUAUAUAUAUAUAUAUAUAUAUGUUUAUAUAUAUGUAUGUUUAUAUAUAUGUAUGUUUAUAUAUAUGUAUGUAUGUAUGUAUGUAUGUAUAUAUGUAUGUUUAUAUAUAUGUAUGUUUAUAUAUAUGUAUGUUUAUAUAUAUGUGUUUGUAUAUAUGUAUGUUUAUAUAUAUAUAUAUAUAUAUAUAUGUAUGUUUGUAUAUAUGUAUGUUUAUAUAUAUAUAUAUAUAUAUAUGUAUGUUUAUAUAUAUAUAUAUAUAUAUGUAUGUUUGUAUAUAUGUAUGUUUAUAUAUAUAUGUAUGUUUGUAUAUAUGUAUGUUUAUAUAUAUAUAUAUAUGUUUGUAUAUAUGUAUGUUUAUAUAUAUAUAUUUAUGUUUGUAUAUAUGUAUGUUUAUAUAUAUAUGUUUGUAUAUAUGUAUGUUUGUAUAUAUGUAUGUUUAUAUAUAUAUGUUUUUAUAUAUAUAUGUUUUUAUACAUAUAUGUUUAUAUAUAUAUAUAUAUGUUUUUAUACAUAUAUGUUUAUAUAUAUAUAUAUGUUUUUAUACAUAUGUUUAUAUAUAUAUAUAUAUGUUUUUAUACAUAUAUGUUUAUAUAUAUAUAUAUAUAUAUAUGUUUUUAUACAUAUAUGUUUAUAUAUAUAUAUAUAUAUAUAUAUGUUUUUAUACAUGUAUGUUUAUAUAUAUAUACAUGUUUAUAUUUGUUUGUAUAUAUAAAUGUUUAUAUAUAUGCAUGUUUGUAUAUAUAAAUGUUUAUAUAUAUGCAUGUUUGUAUGUAUAUAUGUUUAUAUAUAUGUGUAUAUGAACAUAUAUAUGUGUGUGUUUAUGUAUGUAUAUGUAAUGUUAGAAAUAAGAAAAUCUUUUUUUUUUUCCAUUUAGCAAUCUGUUAAGCUUUUGAUAUGGAAGUGCAAAAUCUUUGUUUCAUUGCUUCAUACAUUUGUUUUCAUUGUAAAAUUUAUCUUUUCAACAGAUUCAUUGUAAUUUUUCAGUGAGUUUUAACUAAGUAUUUAAUUUUAGUUAAGCUUCUCUCUUAUUAAAUUUUUUUUUUUUUAUCAUUGUCAUACUAACAGUUAAUUAGCUUAUUUUGGUUUUCAGGGACUAUUUAGUAUGUACUGAAGAGACAUUUUGAACUUUUAGUACUUGAAUAUAACAAAAAAAUAAUAAUAAUAAAAAAAGGCUGUUUUUAUUUGCCAGCCUAAUUUGGUCAACAUUUAACAUCAGUUGUAUAGGAUUGAGAUGAAGUUAUUUUUGAUAAAGUGGAAAAAUGAGAAUUACUGUGGGUUUAAAUGCUCUUAUUGUAUAAAAGUUGAGAAAUUAUUAAAUGUACAUUUCUAAACAUGA